GCUGUCAGUCGUCUGCGUACGAAGGGCACGUUAACAGUAACUCAUGUAAGACUGGACGCAACCCUGCGUCAUUACUACAUUUAUUAAGCACAUUUCCAGCUGAAGGGUGAGCGGAGACUUCGCGGAUCCUGCAGCGGUGCGUUCACGUCAUGGAUGUGGCAGAUUCCUGAACAGAGAAGGUAACAUUGGAGGCUGCUGUCUCCACACAUCUCACCAUGAGUAGCAGCAGCGCCUCUGCCAAGGGCGAUUACUACUGGCUUCGCUCCUUUGUAGCAGGAGGUGUAGCAGGAUGCUGUGCUAAGAGUACCAUUGCUCCGCUGGACAGAGUCAAGAUUCUCCUUCAGGGUCAGAGCCCUCAUUACAGACAUCUGGGAGUAUUUUCCACUCUCACGGCUGUGCCAAAGAAAGAAGGCAUCCUUGGCUUGUACAAGGGUAAUGGAGCAAUGAUGGUCAGGAUAUUUCCUUAUGGAGCCAUUCAGUUCAUGGCCUUUGACAAAUAUAAAAAGAUGCUGAGUACACGGAUCGGCAUAUCUACACACAUCCAUCGCUUGUUAGCAGGAUCUAUGGCAGGGAUGACGGCGGUGAUCUGCACGUACCCUCUGGAUGUGAUUCGAGCCAGGCUGGCCUUCCAGGUGACGGGAGAUCAUCGCUACACUGGAAUUGCCAACGUUUUCCAAUCCAUUUACCGCUCGGAAGGGGUGUUGGGCUUUUAUAGGGGACUUACUCCAACACUGAUUGGAAUGGCUCCUUAUGCAGGUCUUUCAUUCUUCACCUUUGGCACCCUGAAGAGUCUCGGUUUGAAACAUUUCCCAGAUCAGCUGGGUCGCCCCUCGUCAGACAACCCCGACGUCCUGGUUCUGAAAUCCCACGUCAACCUGCUCUGUGGGGGUGUUGCUGGUGCCUUUGCUCAGACUGUCUCGUACCCUUUAGAUGUGGCAAGAAGAAGAAUGCAGCUGGGCGCUGUGCUUCCUGACUCAGACAAAUGUGUAUCACCAAUGAAGACCCUGAAGUACGUGUAUGAGAAGUUCGGGAUCAAGAAGGGAUUGUACAGAGGCCUUUCUCUCAACUACAUCCGCUGUGUCCCGUCCCAGGCCAUGGCCUUCACCACCUAUGAGUUCAUGAAGCAGGUCCUCCACCUGAACUAGGUUCUGCACGCUCUGACCAUCAAGCUAGUGAUUCCUCGGUACACCCGGUGAGCGUAUGAUAGACCUGAAGCUCAGUCCUUAUGUCUUAAACCAGUCCUGGAGUGUAACUGGAGGCACCAGGGGAGUCAGUUCAUGCUGAAAGAGGAAGCUGGAUAAAGGACAGGGAUUCAGUCUGUGUCUGUCCUGUUUCCUUCCCUAUCUUCACCGUCAAAGAGAUUCUUUUUUUUCCCUUCUUGUUUGUUCAUUAGCAGUGAAGCUGGCAGCACCAAACCCAUCUUGGGAUGUGUAAACGCUCACUGAGAUGGAAAACACAGAUCGCAGUCAUGUUUUUUUUUCCCUUUCUCAUCUUUAAAACUUUUUUUUUAAGGUUAAAUGAACAAAUUGCUCAUGAAUAAAGCCCUCUCCCUUUUUUAAUUAAGGAAUUUCCUAAUUUGCAUUUGUAUUUUUGCUUUCUACUCAUAGGGACGAUAUAUUUAUUGAUAUUUUUUCUACAGCAAGACAUUUACUUUGGCAAAUUGUUUUGCCAACUCUGUGAUGUGUAGCUGUUGCUGAAGGGUGGAUGCAGUUUUAACACUAUCUGAGUUUUUAAAAAAGAAAAAAAGUGCAUUUAUGGGUUAGUGUGUCUAAUUUUGCAGGGCAAAAUCUUUCUGUCUUUCUUUCCUUUUUUGCCUUUAAAAAAAAAAGAAAUCCUAACAGGAAUCACAUGGUUUUAGCUCAAAAUUGUCAGAUUUUGAAUUCAUUAUUUACAGUUUGUCUUUUCAAAUGCUGAAAUAUCUUUGCUUGUUAUGUUAGUUAAUGUGCAGUUGCAAUAUGUUAGUGGUACGUCUUAUGAUGUGUUAAUGAUGUACAUCCCAGGGAUUUUGUCAUAUCAUGAACAUUGCUCUGAUAUUUUUUUGAGGAAUGUGUUUGCCAGAGGGAAUUUGGAUGUUAUUUGCACUUGAACUUCUAAUUUUUUUCAGCUACGAGUUGCCACUGGGUGGCAGGAUUGUAAAAAAAAAAAAAAAAAGGAAUCAAAUGUUUACUGUUGGAGCUGCACUCUGCAGUCAUACAAAUUUCUUACAUUUACUUUCUCCAAAAAAGAACAAAAGCUUUGUUUUGUUCUUUCAUUUUACUUAAGCAAAACAGGUUUUAAGAUAUAAGAAAUGCAUGUAUAAAGUGUUUCUGAAACAGUCAAGGGAGAAAAAAACCAUGAGUGUUCACUGGGGCUUCAUGCAGUAGUAUUUGCAAGCACCGUGAAAGGAAAGCUGAACAUGAGUUAAUGAAUGGAAAUAUUAUUCAGUACCUAUUGCUGCAGGCUUCCAACUCACCGUAGAUGAUUGUGCGCAGCUUUUCAAUUUUUCUUAUCCUUUUGCCUUUUUUUUCUUCUUCUUUGCAGUGUCUUAAUUCACCAGAGUGACUAAUGUGUUUUGUAGAGUUUGUGCAGGAUAAGAUGGAGAUCUCAAAGCCAGUUGCUCAGAAAUAAGAUGAAUAGGAAUGCUUUUUUUCUUUUCUGUUAUUAUCUUUUUUUAACCAUGCUGUGACGCGGUUUAUUAAAAUAUACAGAGAACACAGAAUGAAUACAGAGCAAGUUGACGGUUAUUUAUUCCAGAGGAAGUGAGAUGUCAAUGUCUGGUGUCUAAACAUUCUAAAACCAUUAACACCACAGCUGCUCUGAAAAGUGCAAGAAGUCCAUUUCAAAUCAGUAAAUGAAUAUAACAUUCAUUUGUACCAUCCUCCUCAGUCUUAAGUGGCUGCUACUAUCUGUGAAACAAAUUAGAGUUUUUACCAGCGUUUGAUGUUAAAUGUGCUACCUUUUUUUUUUUUUUUUGUCGUUUGCCCCCUCAGAGCGGCUCUUUGGGCUGAUGCUUUUCAUUCACCGAUCUCUACAUAUGUGCUACGUGCUAUUUUUGUGCUCCCAAAUGUCGCCUUCCAGACCAGCUCUGUUCUCGCUGCUGCUGCCUGCAACACAUUUAGAAAUUAUGCAGAUAUUUAUAUGUCGGUGUAAAUACUUUCCAAAUGCUGUACGUUAUCAGGUUAUGUUAGAUUUGACUUAAAGAAGAUGUAUUGUUUCAAGAAUAAACAAAAAGGAACUGCC